UUUCAGGUAAUUAUAUAUCUUGUUUAAGCAAUGACAAAACUAGAAUUCAAAAGUGGUAAAUCUGAAGAAUUGAAUAAGCAGCAGUGUCAGGCAAAUGAUAACGAUAAAGUUGCUACCGAGAACUUUGAUAACAACAAAAGCAAUGAGCAACCGAAAAAACAUUUCGAAAAUGUGUUGAAUACAUUGGGAUUGAACUUGAAACACGAUGGUACUGGACCAAAUAUCGGUUUCAGUUGUAUCGGAAUGGACUGGUCAUUCAUACAACAAGUUGCUAAUGCUCAGGCAAUGCUAUCCAUUCUAUUGAUAAUAUGUUUGAUGAGUUCAAUGUUACUGACCGGAUUCCGUAUCAUAUCUUCCACAUGGGCAACUUAUCUGCUUUCCUGCGCUUAUAUCGGAAUGAGAGCUGGACGAUGGCAAAGUUAUUCACAUUCGAUUGCCUAUUGUGGAAUGUGUACAUUUCAAUCAUUCGUCUAUAUGUCGACCAUGUGCUGGUUCUUCUAUUCCUUGUACACACUCAAUUUGAACACUCAAUCCUACGAAUUUAUUCGCAGUGCAACAUCAGAUGCAGCGCUUGUGUUUGCAUUGGGUGAAGUGCUCUGUAUUAUGGGUACCGUUCUUACCGGUAUUUUUGGGCUGAUCGGAUGUUGCCGAGGAUUCGGACGAUUGCUUCAUGCACAGGAGAAAAUGAUUUUGGACUAUCAAAAUGUUCUCAUUGGAGCGUAUGAUAAUGCACGCCGACUAAACACUGUUUGAAAAGCAGAGAUUUUUAUAUUUGGGAAAGUUAUCAUCAAUUUUUAAGUUUAAGAUUGACCUAAAUGAAACUACUUAUUUAAAUUUAACUGUGAAAAGGUCAUCUCUUCUGCAAGUUUACUCCUGAAGUUUCUCAUUCAGCUUCUAUAUUAAUGCAGGACAAAGCUUUUUCACCUUUAAAUGUGACAAACUUAGCUGAGUGAGAAACUUUUGGUCAGUAGUUGACUCUCUCGUCCUAAAAUGUUUUGCUAAAUCGCAAAUUCUCAUUAAUUUCUAUCAUAGAACUAAAUUUUAAAAAGAAGAAAGGCACCGAAUCAAGUGGAAAUAAUAUUUU